CUCCACCACGGACUACUGUAACUAAAUGAUCUGAAUUAUAACUUGACAUAUGCACAAAAACCAACCUUAUCUCGUCAACCAGGUCAAAACACCCACAAUAUCAUUCUAAUACCACGCCUACAGAACUUCCAACUUCCAUAAAGAAAACCCAAGAACAAUGCCCUACCAAAUCGCCUCGCACCCGACCCUCUCCCCGCCGCGCGCCGCGGCGAUGAUCUCCUUCCUCGAAUCCUUCUACCGCACCAGCGACACCGAAUCCGCCCACGACCAUUACGUCCAGAACUUCACGGACGAUGCCACAUUGAUCAUGGGGCCGAAGACGGCGAACGGACGAGAUGAGAUCCGCACCCUCCGCCACGGCCUCUGGACGCACGUCGCUGCCCGCAAACAUACCCCGGAGCGAGUGUAUUUCGGCGGAGAGGGCGAGCUCAUGCUCUACGGGACGGUCAAGUACGUGCUGCGGAGUGAUCCGGGGAAUGAGGUCGAGGUGCCCUGGGCGGGGAGGGUGGUGUUUGAUGACGCUGCGGCGACAGAGGAGUUGAGGAUGCGGUUCUAUCAGGUUUAUCUGGAUCCUAGUGCGCAGUCGGGGAGGAAGUAGAGGAAUUGUACUGUACUGCAUUUUGUUGGAUUGGGUGGUUGGGAUCUUUUCACCCUUCCUGGGAGCUUUGGUGGUGAAGGAAGGGGUUGGAAUUGGUAUGUCAUGCUAUAGAAGUAUCCGGCGAAGCUCAAAUAUGAGUUUGAGUUCGAACUGAUUGAUUUACUGCUCAAUUCGUUUUACAACCGUGUCAAUAAGUGUGAAGUAAGGGGAGAGUGAGGUGUGUACAUACAUGCAAUGCAUGCAGGG